GUCAACCCCUUAAGAUCGCAACUUCCCAUUCCAGCAGUAACCACCCACGCUCUUUUGUCAACAAACAACUCUGCUCCUGCUUCUUCUUCUUGUUGAUUCUUCUUCAACAUCUUCUUUUCCAGGCAUCUUACGUUUUUAUUCGCAACUUUUGGGAGGACGGAUACAAUUUAUAUUCUCACAAAACUCCAAAAACACUUUGAUUAUCAAGAUGUAUUUCUCGCAGAUCCUCGUUCUGGGCGCUGCCUUUGCCAUGGCCAAUGCCAAGGUCAUGAUCACCAAUUCCGACUACAGCGGAAUUACCUUUGACCACCCAUUCACGGUCACCUGGCAGGGUGCGACUGGCAUGGUCAGCUUGCUUCUCAAGAAUGGCGUGCCAUCCAACCAACUCUUGGUCGACACCAUUGCUGAUGGACUUUCCGGCAAUUCAUUCACCUGGUAUCCCGAGGGAAAUCUCGAAGAGGGAAUCUAUAACCUGGAGAUCAAGGAUUCCAGCGGUGGCGUCAACUACAGCCCACAGUUCCGCAUUGACCAUGGCAUCGACUACGAUGAUGGUGAGGGUGACGAUGCCCAGCACCACAGUGUGGCCCCAGGACAUUUCCUCCACAAUGCCACUGAGUCUGUUGCCACCGCGACCACCGAGAAUGUUAGCGCGGCCACUGAGCAUGCUGGCGCGUCGUCCACCUUGGUUCCGGUGCACAAUGCCACGGUGACCUCUUCCAUCGGCGUGAACAACCACACCGGCGGCACACCGACCAACACAAGCAUCUCUCCACCAACGUCGAGCGUUCUCACGGCCAAGGCAGCCCGCCAUGUGUCGCCGUUCAAUGGGCUCGUGUUCAGCCUUCUCGGUGCACUUGCACUGGGCAUUGCCAACUGAUAGGACCAUCUGCUCUCAUCACUCUGCAUCGUCGUCUCUUAUUUCAGGCGUGGGCGCGGACGUUUUCACGGAUGGAGAUUGUAUAGGAUCAGGUUUGGCGGAGGCUUAUAUUUGUAUAGUUUCCGUUGCUGGUGUCAUACUAUGAGGUGAUGAAGGUGGAAGGGGUUAUUGUUUUUAUUGUCUGUGAAGGUUUUAGCCCUUUACAUUAUUCUUUGUUUUUACUGUACCAGCAGAGAUAUGGGCGAGGGGGGAUGAUUAAUCGGAGAGGAAUAGGGAUAGGGAGUGAGGAAUGAGAG